UCCCUCGGACACAGCGGAUCACCGAUCAACAGAAAGAGCCGAAGAUGUCGGCUCGGUCAUGUGAUCAGCUGUGUCCAAUCACAGCUGAUCACAUGGGACAUGUACACAGAUCAUCAGAGCACUGAUGAUCAGUGUGCCCUGAUGAUCUGUGUAGCCCCAGCAGUGCCAGCUGUCAGUGUCCAUCAGUGCCAGCUGUCAGUGCUCAUCCAUGCCAUCUGCCCAUCAGUGCCACAUUUCAGUGCCUACCAGUGCACAUCAAUGCCACAUAUCAGUGCCCAUCUGAGCUGCUUUUCAGUGGCACCCAUCAGUGCCAGUCAGUGCCGCCUAUCAAUGCCAGUAAGUGCCACCUAUCAGUGCUGCCAAUCAGUGCCAGCUAUCAGU